GAUAGAUUUGUUCCCGCCAAAAGUUAAAAAUAUUCCGCAUCGCAGAUCUCAACUCUUCGAUGAGAUCUUCCACCACACGUUGAGAUUUGGACUGAAUUGAAAGACCUGUAUAGUUCAAAUCUCUCAGAUAUCGUUGAGAAGAAUAUACGGAAUAUACCAAGAAAGUGUAGUGCCGUUAUCACAAUAUAAUAAACUUGUCCUAAAUGUCAAAAUAAAUUGUCAGCAUGACAUUAAAUAUUUUCUGGUAAUAUCUAAAGUACAUCAAGUGAGAUAGUAUUUAUUGAAAAUGUUUACUGCUCCUCCGUAUCCUCCGAAAGAUUAUUUUUUAAGAGAAAUCCCUAAAAUUCAAAGGGAUUCUUCACAGUUUACCCCGGAGUCUUUUCCUAGAGUCACUCAGACAAAUUUAGGAGUGUUCUGUUCUCCUAUUGCGUACAAAGAAAAUGAAGUACCAGAAAAAAUUGAGGUGCAACAUGUCCAUCCAACCAUAAUGAACAGAUGGAUCAAAGAAUCAAAAGCUUCGUGGGUUCUAGAACCGGGAAAAGAUGAUUUCUUUCUACAUGACAUGCAGAAGAAGUAUUCUGUCAAAGUUGAUGAUUACGAUCCUAGAUACAAACAUAUGGAAAAAGUAUUUAAUCGUUCAUAUAAGUAUGAGUUAGUAUGUUUGGAAGAAGCACGUCUUCAAAAACUGAGAGAUAAAUAUGAGAGAGAACAAGCCGAGUGGGAGAAUAAAUGUCAGUUGAUUGAAAAUAAGCUGCACGAAAAAAAACAUCCUCCUAUGAAAGUGAAAAAAUGCGAACACGAUAAGCCGUUUUGGUGGAGCGGCAAUAACGUUGCUAAGAAGUAUAAAGAAGACCUUAACGAGGAGCCGAAAAACGAGGAUGAUUCGAAACCAUUUAGUGGCAGAUGGGCAGAAGAACCUUGCCUAACAGCAGUAGUGGUCGAUGAUCCUUGUAGGAGGAAGUUUGAUAUGCAUGUGGUAGGCCAACCAUUUCGAAAUGAAGCAUGCAAUUUUUAUUACACCCACUAUCCUCCACCAGAUAUAAAGUUUCGACCGAAAAGAUUCUCAUAAUAAAUCUAACUUUACCUGUAUAUCUAUAACGUAUUUGACAUGCGUCAAAAGUCCGAAAUAAAUGGCAAAAUUUCUCGUUUUUAACGUAAACGUUUCAUUCUAAAUUUUGUUAUGUGUUUGUAAUAAUCAGUUUCGCAUAAAAAUUCACC